AACUAACAGCGCACAUGUUGCCAUCAAAAGAAGAAGAAGCAGCACAUUCAAAACAAAUAAAUAUUUGUUUAAUUUUAGCAAAUUUUAGAAAGAUAAACAAGUGCUAGCCAAAAUGCCAAAGGUGAAAUCGGAAAAGAAAACCCGCAUCCACACCGAGGUGCAGAAGCAGGGAAUCGUAUUCAACAAGGACUUUGGCCAGCACAUUCUGAAGAAUCCGCUGGUGAUCACCACCAUGUUAGAGAAGGCAGCCUUGCGCGCCACCGAUGUGGUGCUGGAAAUCGGUCCCGGUACCGGCAACAUGACCGUACGGAUGCUGGAACGUGCCAAGAAAGUAAUCGCCUGCGAAAUUGACACUCGGCUAGCGGCCGAGCUGCAGAAGCGCGUCCAGGCGACGCCGCUGCAACCAAAACUGCAGGUGCUCAUCGGUGACUUCCUUAAGGCAGAGCUGCCCUUCUUCGAUCUCUGCAUUGCCAACGUGCCGUACCAGAUCAGUUCACCGCUAAUUUUCAAGUUGCUGCUCCACCGCCCGCUCUUCCGUUGCGCCGUUCUCAUGUUUCAGCGUGAGUUUGCUCAGCGCCUGGUGGCCAAGCCGGGCGACAAGCUCUAUUGUCGCCUGAGCAUUAACACCCAGCUGCUGGCCCGCGUCGACAUGCUCAUGAAGGUUGGAAAGAACAACUUCAAGCCGCCACCAAAAGUCGAAUCGAGUGUGGUUCGCCUGGAGCCAAAGAACCCUCCGCCGGCAGUCAACUUCACCGAGUGGGAUGGCCUCACGCGUAUCGCCUUUUUACGCAAAAACAAGACUCUGGCAGCCACCUUUAAAGUCACCUCCGUGCUUGAGAUGCUCGAGAAGAACUAUAAGCUGUAUCGUUCGCUGAGAAACGAGCCCGUCGAAGAUGAUUUUAACAUGCAAAACAAAGUCAUUGGCAUCUUGGAGGAGUUGGACAUGGCCACCAAUCGUGCGAGAAGCAUGGACAUUGACGACUUCAUGCGGCUCCUUAUGGCCUUUAACUCCGCGGGAAUACACUUCAAUUAGUCAUAUUUUGUUUAUUUAAGCAUGUUAAACAUUGUACAAUAUUAACACCCACAAUAAUAUACAUAAACGUUAAGCCAAUGAACUUUA